UCCGGCGCGGCUCGCUCAGUCGCUCAGCAGCCAUGCGUCCGCUCCUUCUCCUCCUGAUCCUCGGCGUCCUUCCCGCCGUCGCGUCGGCCCUGGCGCCGCGGCCGCCCCCACGCUUCCCCGGGCCACACGCGCUGCGGCCGCGGCGUGUGGCGGGUGCCGCCGGAGCGGUGGCGGGGUACGAGUACGAGACGCGGUACUUCCGGCAGCGGCUGGACCACUUCAGCUUCCUGGAGGAGGAGGAGGAGGAGGAGGGGGGAGAGGGGUUCUUCCAGCAGCGGUACCUGGUCGGCCGCGCUGGCGAGUGGGCCGGCGGCGGCGCGCCCAUCUUCUUCUACUGCGGCAACGAGGGCGACAUCGCCUGGUUCGCCCCCAACUCAGGCCUCGUGUGGGAGGCCGCCCCGCGCUUCGCCGCUCUCGUCGUCUUCGCCGAGCAUCGUUACUACGGGGAGUCCAUGCCAUUCGGCAGCAAGGAGAAAGCUUACAACAAUUCCAAGUCCAUGGCGUAUCUUACCGCUGAGCAAGCGCUUGCUGACUAUGCUGUACUGCUCACUGACCUCAAGAAGAACUUGUCGUCAGAAGGCAGCCCCGUCGUGCUCUUCGGGGGCUCAUACGGUGGAAUGUUGGCUGCUUGGAUGAGACUUAAAUACCCACAUAUUGCUGUUGGGGCCCUCGCGUCGUCAGCUCCAAUCCUUCAAUUUGAAGAUAUUGUCCCUUCUACCAUAUUCUACGAUCUCGUGUCAAAUGAUUUCAAGAGGGAAAGUUUAAGCUGCUUUCAGACAAUAAAAGACUCCUGGAAAGCACUGGAAGAUCAAGGAAAUGGGCAAGAGGGUCUUUUAAAACUAAGCAAAACUUUCCAUCUAUGCCAGACUAUAAAAACCACUCGGGAACUGUCAGAUUGGUUGAGCUCAGCGUACAGUUACCUGGCCAUGGUGGAUUACCCAAUGCCAUCAGAUUUUCUGAUGCCUUUGCCUGGCAAUCCAAUAAAGGAAGUGUGUAGAAAAAUCGACAGUCAACCAGAUGGAACUAGUAUCCUGGAGCGCAUAUACGCAGGAGUAAACAUAUACUACAACUACACCGGCACUUUUGACUGCUUUGAUCUAAAUGAUGAUCCCCAUGGAAUGGGUGGAUGGGACUGGCAGGCUUGUACCGAGAUGGUUAUGCCAAUGUCAUAUAGUGAAGAUGGGAGUAUGUUUCCAGCGUAUAAAUUCGACUACGCUUCAUAUGAGAACGAUUGCAUCAGCAGUUUUGGUGUUAGACCAAGACCUCAAUGGAUUACUACAGAGUUUGGUGGUCAUAAUAUUAGUCUAGUUCUGGAGAGAUUUGGUAGUAAUAUCAUAUUUUUCAAUGGUCUUCUUGAUCCUUGGAGCGGCGGAGGUGUCCUGAAGAAUAUAUCGGAGAGUGUUGUUGCCAUUGUGGCUCCGUUAGGAGCCCAUCACAUUGAUCUGCGCCCUGCGACCAAGGCGGAUCCUGAUUGGCUAGUUAGUAUCAGAAAAUCAGAACUCGACAUAAUAUCGGGCUGGCUCUUGGAUUACUACGGUGCAAGGAGAGGGGAUCUCCUCCAGCGCGCAACUCCUGUAAAUUCUGCUGCUUCCUAAAGAAAAACGGCUCAUGUUCCAGUUCCAUCCUCCACCAACAAACAAGCUGUCCAGGUGUACUACCAGUUGAUUUUUGCAGACUCCCAACCAGACGCUGAUUUUUGCAGCUGCAUCCCCGUGCGGCCGUGCCUAACCAAUAAUGUACUACCCAGUUGAUGCCUUUUGUUCGAUGGAGUUCUCCAAGCUGGCCAUGACGUAUAUGGGUGAUCGAUCGGCUUAUCAAGGGAAAAACACAGACGAUAUAUUUGCAAAUGUAAAUAAUUUAUGAAUAAAAUUUUUACAUAUGUGUCAUUCCUCAUUUAAUGUUAA